AUGGGUGGUUCAUUUUCGCGUCUAUGGUCCUUCCUCUGGACGAAGAAGGAAAUCCGUAUUCUCAUCCUAGGUCUCGAUAAUGCUGGAAAGACUACACUACUUUACAGGAUGAAGAUCGGCGAGGUUGUCACGACAAUACCUACUAUCGGUUUCAAUGUUGAAUCGGUCACAUAUAGAAAUUUGAACUUUAAUGUCUGGGAUCUUGGAGGUCAAACGUCUAUCCGGCCAUACUGGCGAUGCUACUACGCUAACACCGCUGCUGUUAUCUUCGUCAUCGACUCCACAGAUAUUGAACGACUGGGUACGGCUGCAGACGAGCUCGCAGCCAUGUUAAAUGAGGAGGAACUUCGCGAUGCCGCUUUGCUGGUAUUCGCCAACAAGCAGGACCAGCCGGGUGCCAAGGGAGCUGGGGAGAUCUCGGAGGCUCUGAAGCUGGGCGAACUGCGAGAUAGAAAUUGGAGUAUUGUGGCAUGCUCGGCUAUUGAUGGUAAGGGUCUUAACGAAGGCAUGGAUUGGUUGGUGCAAACUCUUCAAUCAGAAAACGCAUAA